UCAUUAUUUUCAACAGUUACUCUUUUAAAUGUUGAAGCAGUGUUUGUUAGGUUGUGUAACUGCCAAGAAAAUAUAACUCAAGUGGGAAAAAAAGAGAUUGUUAAAGGGUUUAAUCAAAUGGAAACACAACAGAGAGCUAGCAAGUGGAUUAAGGUCACAUGGCUAGAAUGCCCUCUUCACAUCAGUGUCAUCUAGAUAAUUAACAACUUAGGAGAGAAGCAUAUUCAACUGCCCGUGCACUGGUCACCGUUGGCAUGAGAGACUGCCAACUCUCAUGGCGUUGCGAGCUGAGAGUAUCACCUCACAGUUGUCUUGCCAUGCGUUGGACUCCUAUUGCUCUCUGUGCAGAAGUGGUGGAGCUGACUUUGUGUUCGAUUAAAUGUGUUGAAGCCAUCGUUGCCUGUGCAAAGUCUCAGAACAGCCCCUCUCCAUUGUGUUUGUUUCAGUGCUGGUCUGAGAGCCCUGAUUUCUGGAGCAGAGAUUUGGCAGUCACAGCAAGUGAUGACAGAGGCAGUGGUGAGAUCGCACCCAGAACCCCAAAGGAGGCUCACAUUUCAGGCGGAUGAGAGGUCCAUUCAAUACACAAAACACAAAAGCACUGAUCAGUGGAGUUUGAUCAUGCCAUUGUUCUGAAAUUCACAUUGUUCAGCCACCACAUCGAGGACUGCUUUUAUUUUCUAACUCGUGGAGGGCUGGAGUGUUGAUAUUUGUACACUUCUGAACUUUUUGAAGACAUUUGGCUGCCAAUUUGAAAUUGCCGUACAACCGAAAGUCUGGCUCUUGAGAUGUCAUCCUCCUGUUUUUUUUUUUUUUUUUUAUUGUCACAGUUAAAUCAGUGUAGGUUGUUUUUCUUCUUGUCACAUGGGGGUGGGACUGAGCAUGGGGAUGUUUGCGGAAUGGUAACUUGCAAUUCAAGGGUUAAGGCAGCAUGAAAGAAUCCAUUCUCGGUUUAAUGACCUAGCCUUCCUGGGCGAGGACGACAGGGAACAUGCUCUUGACUUGUACUGAAUUUGCCAAUUAACACCUCCAAUAACAGGCUGCCUCUGAACAUCACCAGUGUGGAGAAAGGAGGAGCAACUCUCAUGCUUUGUUUUUCAGCCUCUGAUCCUGUAAUGAUGAGGUCUGUGAUUUCUUCAUAUACAGAUUAUUAUUUUGCCUUAUACACCGUUUGGUAAAUUUGAGUAGAAUUCUGUAUGAAUUGUUACAAAGGCUUUGAGAUAAACCCUGAGCUGUUUAACUAUCAGACUGGCAAUGAAGUUGGAAAUAUUUUAUUUUUCCACCUGCUGCUUGAAUCCUUAUGCAGCUAUUGGGCAUUCUAUUUUUCGCACACAGCCAUAUGGCCAUGUGCAGCUUCAAUUAGACACAUGGCUGGUAUCUAAGAUACACUGUGCUUGAUUUGCUUUGUCCCUUCUUAUUGUUGCGCGUGAAAAUACAAGACAACAGUACUGUCCUUGAUAGAUAUAUCAGGAAAAGAUCUUUUCCUCCAAAUAAGGUCCCCAGUCUAGUCACCCCUCUGGUUUCACACAUGCUUAUCAGACUCCCAAACAACACCUAGCACAGGUGUGAAUAUCAAAAUCCCCAGUGAAAAUCACAGUGGGUACUCUCAUGUUGUCUUUGGAGUCCUCUUACAUACAGCAGUGGCUUUUGCAUUGGGGCUGAGAUGCUGCUGGCUAACAGCAACUGCAGAAACACCUUUGGCUAAGUGUAAGGUGGACCUCCUUGCACCAAAUGCGCUUAAUGACUGAAAAAAAAACACCACCCAGAUCUAAUUGAAAAAGGUGCUUAAGUGUACAGUAGCUGGUUAUUGCCCAGUACAAUCACACCAUAACACAGUACUUUCGCGAUUCAUUAGCAGGUACUUUCACAAUAUACAAUAAUUGAAAGAUGACUACAUAAUUGAUAGCAGUUCACACCAUAGGGAAAGUGCAGUGAUCCAUCUAAUGAUAGCAAUAAAGUGUAGUGGGUUGGGAUGGAGAUGAUACCACUUGAGGUGUCAGCUUGUGUACAUUUGUGACAAGAAAGGCCUUGUCCUAGCACUUUGUCAACAUAACAGAUACAAACACUGCGAAGAUGUUAGUCAUAUUCAUGUUAACAGGACUAAAGAGAUUCACAAUGUACCUCUUCAAGGUUAGCAGAUCACAGCUCUUAUUCUCAUGCUUACCACCUUAGUGUCAUGUGUAGAAGAAUAUGAACCUUGUUAGAGAUGCUACAUACAAAUCAAUUCAUUUAUUCAGUGUUAAGAAACCAUCUGGCUUGAUCAGAGCUGAAAGUCAUCCUGGCAGGCCAGUUUCCUGACUGACACCUCAUAGAAUUAGUGGGAGGACGGCUUAAUUUGCUGCCUUUGCUCAGCUCAGACUAAAACGGCUUAUCGUCUCGCUGUUCUCUAAGCUCAGAUAUGGAGCGAAAAGUCUUGCGCGAGCUCCGGUUACCUCAAGUCUUUGUUACAGCAUCGAACAGAUUCAGCAUAUCUGGUUGUUUAUUAGUCUUAUAUAGUGAGAUAUAACACUUUUUGUGUUCUCUUUGUGGAAGCUGUGAAAAUGGCACGCCAUAUGUAAUACACUUGCUUGCUGUUGGUCUUGCCAAUUCCCCCAAGAUUGGUAAUUCUUGUGCCAAUGCUCACACUCUCUCUUUGUCCUUGUGAUUUGAUUGAGCUUGUUGGAUUGGAUGAGUUUCUUUUUGAUGCUGUGUCUGGUGUUUAGUUGUUGAUUUGAUGUCACUCGCAGUCCGGUUAAAAUAACCGUUUGAACCAGAACAUACGUGUUCAGCUGUACCUCCAACAGUUUUUUUUCUUCCUUUUUUUUAUAUCCCUGAAUUACACAUCGUAAACAUCCAUCUAAAGCAAGCAAGGCGACAGAUAUAGAUAAAACAAAACAUAGACCUGCAUUGUUUUUUUUCUCUUCUAAUUCUGCACAAAACAAAUUGGCUGCAUAUUUUGUUCACACCUUGUGUAACUUGGGGAUAGCAGGCCCAAUUCUCCCUCGUCAUACCUGUGACAACAACCUGCAAAGUGCUCCCAGUGCCCUAAUCUGCAAGGUAGAGACCUGCUGCUGCUGCUGCUGCUGCUGCUGCUGCAUAUAGAUGUUUUUCUUUUCCGUAGAUGCUUGUCCCUGUGGUUUUUGCAUUUACACACCCACCAGAAUCACACAAGGUAAAAGAGAAUAUGUGACUGUCUCACAAGCUACCAUUUCUUUUUUUUUUCUCAAAAACAUGUUCGGUAGAAAGCAAUAAAGGCAUACUGAUGGUGUUUGAUUUAGAAAUGGCAGUCAGACCGUGAUUUUAGCAUCAACAGAUGGCCAGUAGAUUGGUUUAAAUGAGUAACACCACUGCCUGCUUUAGAGUUGGCUCAAGUAUUAGAGUAGUGUACUACUGUCUUAUCAUAUCUCCUUGUGUGAAUGAUGAUGUCACUACGAUAGAUGCUACUCAAGUGGGAUCAGACCUACUCAGUGAUGCCUGUAGAGACCAGCUCUGGGAGAUCCCUGUCUGGCUGCAUUAUUCAACAAUGCUCCUUACCUCUCCCAGGGAAAAGGGACUGUUGAAUAUUUGAAAGAUAGGUUUGAUUUUUUAUUUAAGUGUAUAGAUGGAGAUGGGUGAAGGGGGAAAAAAAUAGAGAUAGUGCCAGUCGGUGCAGCCUGGAUGGUCACCAAGGCAACUUGCCGAGUUUUUCUAACUGAUCUACGGGACUUCUUGGCUGUAUCACUGGGGGACGUUUUGGAAAAGUGUGCUACUUCGAGCGCCUUUUGACUGCGACUACGAGUUGACAGCUCAUUGAUCAUUUCAGUUUCACAAUUAUGCGUACCAGUUAGUUUAGGAUUUGAUAGUCACUUAGACAUGUGUCUGUCUUGUGGCUGCACCGGUUGCUACUCUCAUCAUCACACCUUGCAUUUCUACAGCUCAGCUUCACGUUGUCAUGUGUCGCUAUUAAGGAGUAUGCUAACAUUUUUUUAAAAUAAGUAAAAGGUUCUGGGUCUCCUCUGGAAUCCUGGGCUGUUUUGUUAAAUUGAAUGAAUCAAUAUUUCAGUUGCAACAUAAGAAAGGAAAUCUGCUCAUUGAUAACAUACCAGACAUUGUGCCAGACAGUGAUAGCCUAUUUUCAAAACGGCAGCGUUAAAAAAAAAAAAAAAAAAAAAAAAAAUCAUGGCUGCAGAACCACUGCUCAGAUCCUGAUGAGCCAAGCUGAGUAUUGAUCCAUCUGGCUCUGAAGACACUGUCAUGUCACCUUUGCAUUUAAGUGUUAUCUUGUCAGCUUCAAAUGAUCUAGCUGUCAGAUCUGGAGAAAGCUGGCCUCUGUGAUGUUGCUUUGUCUCUAAUGUCCAGCUGUUGCUACAACAGUCUGUGCCAGCAAGAUGUUCCAAUCCACUGUUUACCUUGUUUUGUAAAUGUCAGGAUUUGUCUAAUCUGCUAAUAUGCGAUGCUCUACUUAUAAACGUCUUCAUCAUUUUACAUUUUGUGUGUUUGCGCACCUGUUUCAACAAAUAGUCAUACAAUAUUUCCGCUUUACGUGACAUCUUGCUCUUAACUCCACAUUUUCAGUCAGUUUUCAUUUUAUUCUGUCCUCUCUGUCACCCAUUCCCUCCUAUAAUUAAACGGACAGCUGAUAAUAAAUGUUAUCAGAAGCUCUGUAACAGCACAAACCAAGUGCAAAUUGCUUCAAAUUUGAUUCCUUUUCUUUUUUCAUCACACGCAACGAACAGUUAAAGGGUGGGAAUCCUGCCUUGUGGUGAAAGGGCACAAACUCUUUCAACCAAGGUGUGGUAACAGGGUGAAAAUUUGAAAGCAAAAAUUCCCUCCCUGCUAAUGUGUCCUACAUCCCCCAAAUGAUAAUGCACCCACUGCGUUGCGCUCACAAUUUUCAUGUUUCCCCUCACAUUCCCUGCAACCGUUUUUAGUCAUUCUAUGAUUUAUCUUUUCCUUUUUUUUUCCUUCUCUCUUACACGAAUCAGUGUACGGUGUCCAAUAUCUAAUUUAGUCCCAGUGUAGCGGCUUAGUUUCGUGGUCAUUUUAAGUGGAUCAGUUCCUAAAGGCUCUUGGAGAUGCUGCAGGCCAGUGAGCGUGUUGGGCUGCUAUAAAGGCAACAGUAGGACAUCGGCCAGUAGUUCACACUUGUUGGAGUAUACUGGUGAGGCUGUGCAGAUGGAUUCUUCCUUGAGUGUACGGUACUGUCUGUAUUUCUCAUCUUUUUAAUGAUUGUGAAACAAUGGCACUGUAUUCUUUGCUCUAUAACUUUUUUUUGCAGCAUACAUUGCCCUCUUGUUCUUGCAGCUGUAUGAAUGGAUUAAAAAUUCAAACAACAAAACAAAUUGAUCAAUAUUUAUUCUACCUAUGAGCCUUACUAUUGGCAAAGUUGGUCAAGGAGAUAAACUAGUCUCCAUGUGUUUGUUUGUGACAGCCGAGAUGUGAGUGGUGGAGACGUAAAUCAUGUCAGAUUUAUUUUUCCUCUCAACUUGGAACAUAGUUCUCUUCCCUGUAGAAUUCAGAACUGAUCAUUAACCUUUCCUUUAGUUCCUUCCCUUGCCUGGUCACAUUUCCUCUCUAUUUGGUUCCUGGCCCCAUAUGCCACUUUCCUAUUUCCUGCCUGCAGACAGCAGGGAGUAGCUCUAUUAUCACCUUCCUAGAGCUGUCUUUGAAUGUGAGAGGCAAUUCCAUUUCACUCAGCCAUGGGGAGGGGUAGGAGGAGGAGGAAAAAAAGCACACCAUAGAGCACACAGAAAUUGGUUUAGGUUUACUUCUUAUAGUCGAACGUACGUCUGCUUUUGCUUUUUCGCUCCCAGAUUUUAGGAUUAUAGACUCUGCUGCCAAUGUGCAGGUUUUUGUGGCAUACUUUGAAAUCAGAGCAAAGGUUAAGUGCACUGUAUCAUGUCUGGUUGUUGUGUGAACACUUUAUCCUCAACUCCAUUUAGAAGUCACCUUUUGAAAUAUUAACAAUCCUAAACCAGCUAUAUUACUCUACUGUGAAGCUGUGCUAAACAUAUCCAAUAUGUCUCUAAUGCUUUCCCUCUCCAGUGUGCUCACUACAUUUUGCGACAUUUUACUCGAAGCCUGUGUUAUUUUUGGGCUUCCCUAAGUCUUAUUCCAGCUUUUAUCAGCGUCUAGUUCUUUGGAAUGGUAGGGCUCUUGACAAUAUUGCUCCUGGAUAAAUUAAACAUGAGUUACGUAGAGUGAUAAUCUGUGGGCCUCUCUUUUCACACUGCAUUCCCAAUGAGCUGUGUGUUGGCCUGGUGUUGUUGCCUGUGAUUUUAAUGAAGAUUAUUCUUGUAACACGACCGUCGCCUGUUUGCUCCUGUUCUCCCCCAAAUAUUUUCUCUUCAAACUGAGAAUUUUGUUUCCUUUCAAGCGUUCUGUGCAGCAUAUUUUCCAUUGCAGGUCAGUCAUUAGUUUGUCAUUGACAUAAUUUCAAGAUAAAAAAUAUUUAGGUGCUAAAUCAAAUAGCUGAUUUCUGAAAUGUGUUUGUCUUUCUUUCUUUUAUAAUUUUUUUUUAUUAAACACGCAUCAUCCUUGUCAACCUACUCAUCGAUUAAACAGUACAUUUGCAGACCCAGCUGUGACUGGGUAAUUAGUAGUUCCUGUCUAAGCAUUGUACUGUAGGCUCACAUCGAAGAAAAAAAAAAGGAGGCAAAGCUUUAGGUAUUGGAUUGAAGCCCUCGGUUUUCUAUUGUUCAGAUUUAGGCGUAUAGUGCACGGGAAAACCUCCGAGGAAUCUCAGAGGAGUAAGUGCACACUUCAUGGCAUGGCCACUCUUAAAAUGGAACUGAUGUUUUAUAAAUAAUUUCAAAGUUACAAACAUCAGCCUCACAAUCACAGUGAUUCAGUGAUAUUCAUUUGGCAUAAGUCAGUUUCAUUUCUGUGUGCUUUUCAUCAGAAAUGGCUUAAAAAGUAGAGUUAGUCUGAAUUUUUUAUGCCAUGGGCUUACUGGGGACAGUGGCCAUGUUCUUCACUUGCAGACGUCUGACAGUGCAUGGCAGCAGAAAUAACAAAAUGGUCACAAACCCCAACUGCACUCCCUGGGUCACACAGGCUCUUUAAAAAUUAAAGAGACUAGCAACAAACCAAACAGUUGAUAACAGGUCAGUAGCAGGUGAUAAAAGAAGUUUUGGUAGAGACAUUAGCCCUUCCAUUAACUUUGUGCUUCCUGACAUUAUAUCCUCGCAAUUUGCUAAACCAAAAAAUACACAUCAGAGGGCGUGAGGUGGCUGUAGGAUUUCACUCUCAGGGAUCAUAGUACUCUGAGGAGUACAAUAUUUCACAAGUGUUAUUUUGCUCCAGAAAUGGUAUUACACAGAAUUCACGCAUGUAUAAUUAUGUAUGAAUUUUACAUACCAUCCUUUUGAUUCCCAUGAUUGUAGUAUUUAUAAAGGAGAAGCUGAGCAGAGCAGCAUGUUAUAGCUGGUGGCUGAUUUUUCCAUAGAAUCAUACUGUUGUUUCCACAAGAGCGUGUUAAUUGACAGGCUGUCAUUCUCCUGCGAUGUAGAAACAACUGUCAGGGAUUUAAAGAUGGUAGUUAAAAAUAACUCAAACAAUAUGUGUGCUGCCAUCUGCCUAAUUUCAGAGAUAAAUAAAUAUGGUAAACAACUGGACAGACUAUGAAAGAGCACAUUAAUGAUCUGUCACACUGGGCUGCUGAAAUGACCUUGCAACAACUUGCAUAUUGAAAAAAAUAUAUAUGCAAUUCAUUUUAGUUGUUUGCAGUAAUGUUUAAAAUAUUAAGUAAUAUUAAAUGUGAAUAGAUGCACUGUAGAAAUGAAUCAAAAUUAUGCACAUUACAGAGAUCUUUGUUAUCUCUGCUGUUAUAAAAGCUAAAUUGCAAGAGAAAACUGUAUAAAUUUAUACUUUUGAUAAAUAAGGAAAUUACAGGAUGUACUAAAUACUGUGGCUAUAAAAAGAUUAAAUCUAUAUUGUCUUUCAAUAACCUUUAAUUAUUGUAUCACUUUUGAUUAAUUUUCCUCCAGAUAAAAACACAUAUGCAUUUUGCUUUUUCGGUGAAAAAUCCCUUUAGUGCUGUUCUGCUGUGGUAUUAGAACAGGAGCCGUGUAUUUCCACUGAACCAUCAUGAUCACCUGUCCUGAGGUUAAUUUGCUGUGCGCUUUGCGGUGAAGAAUCACGCUGGAGUCUGGUCUGACUGGGCGACCCUUAAAGGACAUCAAUAAUGAGCAGGUGUAGGAGUGCACUUCUGCGGAGACACGUGUCUCAGUGUGUCCAGGGAGGACGACUAAUAAGGGUUUAAAAGCCACAACUGUCCACUCCGCCCCUUAGCAGGCCUCCAGCUGUCUUUUCUGUCAGAGAGCACCCUGAUUCCCUCUGACAGAGCAGAUCACCGAUGGCAAGAAACCACGGGGGACAAUGGUUAUGUUUGCAUUGCACAAAGCACCGCCACACUUGAUCGGAUUAUGCUGGUUAAUUACAGACUUAAGGUAAAUACAGGUUUUGUUGUUAAAAAAAAAAAAAAAAAAAUCAAGGAGCCAAGGGGAAGGAAAGAAAUCCUUCACUUUGAUUUAUUGAUGGAAAUUGCAAUGUGACGUCUAGCAAACAACAUAUAAAUAACUUAAAGGCCAUCUUAAAUGCAUUCCCAUGAAAUUUUUAGUGCUGCUGUAAUAUAAGCCACUACCUGUCAUGAAUCCCAAAUAACCUUGGCUCUAUCCUCUUAGUUCAGCCCAGUGUGCCUCAUUCCUUAUUACUGGCCUGACAAGGAAAUGUUUACCCAUCCGACAAGAGACAAGCCAUUUCAUAGUCAGAAAAAGCAAUUUCACCUGACUGGAGUAGCACACUAUGUCCUCAUAUCCUUGCUGGCUAUAAUUUUGUUGUCAUUUUGUGUGCUGUGAUCAUAUCAUUGAAGUGACAGUGCUGGGCAUUAGGUAAAGUCCCUAAGCUGGUGCUCACUUUCAGGCUUUUUCUCUCCUUGUCAUUCACAUUGAUUGGAUUAGACCCAGGUGGCAAGCAGAUUCCUUUGGCACAACAAUAAAAAAAAAAUGGCGAUAUAGUGCUUGAAAAAAAACAACAAAAAAACACAUUGUGCUAUGCUCAAAUGAACAUUGCUAAUGCUUUUUAGAAUCAGCAUUUGUUAUUUUUAUAUUUUCACAGAUUAUUUAGGGAUGUUUCUAUUGGAUACAUUUUAAUGCUACACAGAAAAACUGUAAAUGCCUCCAUAUUAAUAUUAGCAUUUAAAUAAUAUUUUGGAAAUAGAAAAAAAUAGCCAUAAAUGAUGUUCAGAUCAGAGCGAAUCACUGCAUUAAAAGCUCAGCUGGUCAAUGGAGGGUGUGUACCAGGCAGGAGGCAGAGAUCCUAACCCACAGUGCACUGUAUCUCCCCCGAGGGACAAUGCUGGCCACCGGCAUAACAAAUCAGCCCCCUCCUCUUUGGUUAUGUCCACUGGCUGGCUGAGCCAAUGAGGAGAGAAGUUAGUCUGAUAAACAGGCAGCACAGCACCUGGGGAAACAUCACUGAGUUGCUGCACAGGUGACUCAACAAUUGGUUUGUUCAGGGGAAGGAAAUAAAAAACAAAACAAAACAAGCAAACCCACUUUGCUUAUUAAAGAUCAGUGAUGGAAAUGAACCAUAAUCCUGUAAUGAGUAGAGCAGCGAGUGGCCUCUUUUCCUUGGGCACAGACAAGCCUGUGCUUGCAUGUUUCACAGGAAUAGAUUGCUGGACCCAGUAGCCCUUCUGUAAUGACCCUUCUUGUUAGCUUCAGAGAUUCAUGGCUGUUCAUUAGAGAUACAAACUGGUUGUUACCGCCAAUUCAAAAUGGAUUUUUAUUUGGUUCGGAAUGUUCUGUGCACACUUAUUGCUUAAUCACAGCAGAAGUUAUUCACUGAAGCAGAAAUGAUCAGUUAGUGAUUUUACAGUCACCUUAAUAUUGCACAUUGUUUCUAAUAUGCAUGCAUGAAAAUGACAGAACACCUUUUUGAUAAUAACAAUUGAAUAGAUCUGCAUAAAAAGUAAAUGACCGUAGUGUUGCAGCUUCAGUAAGAUUGCAUUUUACAGUGUUAUUCUGAUGUAACCAGUGAACCAGAAGCUUCAAAAUCUAGUGUCAUUUCCAGAAGCCUCUCAAAUACAUAACAUGGAUUGUGAGGAAAUGUAUAUCCAACCACUCCCCCAGAACAGCGGUAUGUGUUAACUUGGUAAUUACCUUGUUAGUAAGUUAAGCCAGAAGGUGUUUAUUCGGGCUGCAGCUGCUCUCUCUUUAUGUCAAUUUGAUUGAUACUACUGACAACAAUGUAUGCCGUGAAUUGUUAUGGCUGCAUUAAAGCAUAAUUCUGGGAGAGGGACUGAGUCACUCAAACUUGUAGCUAUUCUCACACUUCAUUACAGCCUCUCAAUCAGCCCUGAUUCAUCACAGUGCAGCUUGGACUGCAGGUAGAGGGAGAUUUUGUGGUUCUGUAUGAUCUGUUUUAUUUGACUGACUUCAUCCUGGAAUCAAAUUUUUUCAGAAAUUGUUUUUUUCCUCCUCUGUAAUAGUCCUUUUUUAUAUUAUAAUCAAUUCUCCAAAAAGAUACAAAUUAAAUAAAUUGUACUUUCUUAUUAUAAAGCAUCAGUCCCAGACACAGUUAGUGCUGUAAGAUCCCUCAGUGAGCUCUAUUUGCCCCAGCAGCCCUGUUAUCAGUGCACUGGUUCAUAAGUUUAGUGCAUAAAAUAUUUACCAGCCCUGGGACUGAUAAACACAUCUUCAGUGGGACGCCAUGAUUUCACGCUAUCACAACCAUUUUAAGGCAUCAGAUGCAUUGCCUGUCAUGGACUGUCAUUUUUGGCGUGUUAAUAAUAUAUCUUGGUUUCUUCCGCAGACAUACUUUGGCACUCAUGGCGCAUAAAUAGGUAAAUAACGCGCAUCAAGGUAAAUAACGGCAGCAGCGGCAAAACAAUCUUCAUAACUAUUACUUCCUUUUCUCUAUUUUUUUAAAUGUGUGUUUUCUUGUUUGUGCAUCAGGAGAAACAGUUGGAGUCCAUAUGUUUUAAUCAAAUAUAGGCCCGUGUCACACUACAAACAAAUCACUUUGCUCACAGCGCUCUUCAGAUUGUCCUAAUUAAGAGCUGUCUAAUUAAAUUACAGCCUCGAGUUAACCAAUGGCAAUACUUGUUUCAUUAGCGAAGCAGGCAGAGUGAUGGAAAGAAAAUCCUUCCUGAUUGCAGGAUGGUGUCAAUUGGCUAAUUUGCUGCCUUCGGUACCUCAAGUCAUCGCAAAGGCGUUUUCGUAGUGUUACAUUAGGAAAAGGCGUGUGCAAAAGCCUGUGAUAUAGGUUGAGCUAAUAGUAGCUUCCUAUUGAGCUAUGCAGGUCGAGAAUUGCAUCUCGCCGGCGAGUGAUCUCUCCAAGAAAUUUAUGAAUGUGGGCAGUGGCUUUCCGAGCUCCAAUGGAUCAGAGCUUUCGUUGCAGGACCAUCCUAUUAUAUCCGCAAGUGACAACCUGGAGAGAAGUUCACCUCUGAAAAAAAACUCUAGGGAGAUGACGAAUCAGUCAGAGGCAGACAAUUUCCCCGACUCCAAGGACGCAUCAGGGGACGUCCAGAGGGGCAAACUCUCUCCUGAUCUUCACGGAGUCUCUGACAUCCGUCAUAAUUUCGAUGGAUCUGCAGGAGAAAGGUGCAUCUUUUCACCAUCCACCCAGCCGCAGUCAGUCUCAGCAGCUCCCAGUGCCAUGUUCCCGUACCCGAGCCAGCAUGGACCAGCGCACCCGGCUUUUUCUAUCGGGAGUCCCAGCCGCUACAUGGCCCAUCACCCGGUCAUAACUAAUGGAGCUUACAACAGCCUGCUAACCAACACGUCUCCGCAAGGCUACCCGGCGGCGGGCUACCCUUACGCGCAACAGUAUGGACACACGUACCAAGGAGGGGCUUUUUACCAGUUCUCCUCGGCGCAGGCAGGACUGGUUCCGGGGAAAGCGCAGGUGUAUCUGUGCAACAGGGCCCUGUGGCUGAAGUUUCACAGGCACCAAACGGAGAUGAUCAUCACAAAGCAAGGACGACGAAUGUUUCCAUUUUUAAGCUUCAACAUUUCUGGCCUCGACCCAACUGCUCACUACAAUAUAUUUGUGGAUGUAAUACUCGCUGAUCCAAACCACUGGCGUUUUCAAGGAGGAAAGUGGGUGCCAUGUGGAAAAGCAGACACAAAUGUGAUAGGGAAUAGGGUUUACAUGCACCCGGACUCACCAAACACUGGUGCGCACUGGAUGCGUCAAGAAAUCUCAUUUGGAAAGCUAAAGCUGACAAACAACAAAGGUGCCUCGAACAACACGGGACAGAUGGUGGUUCUCCAGUCUCUCCACAAGUACCAGCCCAGGCUCCAUGUGGUGGAAGUGAACGAGGAUGGGACAGAGGACACCAGCCAGCCGGGGAGAGUCCAGACUUUCACCUUCACAGAAACGCAGUUCAUCGCCGUCACAGCUUACCAGAACACCGAUAUUACGCAGCUGAAAAUUGACCACAAUCCGUUUGCUAAAGGAUUUCGGGACAACUACGACACUGUCUACACAGGCUGCGACAUUGACCGCCUAACUCCAUCACCGGGUGACUCUCCGCGUUCACAGAUCGUGCCGGGUGCGAGAUAUGCCAUGCCUAGCUCUUUCCUGCAGGACCAAUUUGUCAGCACUUAUGCCAAAUCUCGCUUUCACCCUGGCGUGGGGACUGGUCCUGGCACGGAGCGCAGCGUCCCACUCGGCAACAGCUUGCUAUCCCCGCAGCAAACCGAGGAGCCCACUGUUGCCACCCCCCCGCAGCGAUGGUUUGUCACCCCUGCCAACAACCGACUGGACUUUGCUGCCUCGGCAUACGACGCCGCUGAUUUCGCCGGUAACGCGGCCACCUUGCUGUCCUACGCAGCGGCCGGAGUUAAGGCUCUUCCCCUGCCGACUGCAGGCUGCUCCAACCGGCCUCUUGGCUAUUACGCAGACCCGUCUGGCUGGGGAGGACGCACGCCGCCGCAGUACUGUGGUGUAAAUAGUAAAUCCAGCUCGGUCUUUUCCUGCUGGCCCGCUAACUCCAUCGGCGGCAGGGCCGGCACCAACUACCUGUCUGAGGAGGGAGACGCCAUCACGACGGAGAGGUCACCGAUCGGCGCGUCGGAAGAGACCAAACCCAAAGACCUGACGUCCGAGUCGAGCUGGAUAGAGACGCCGUCCUCCAUAAAGUCCAUCGAUUCCAGCGACUCUGGGAUCUUUGAACAGGCCAAACGCAGGAGAAUCUCACCUUCUGCCACGCCGGUUUCAGAGACAGUGUCCCCGUUAAAAUCCGAGCUGCUGGCACCGAGAGAGUGUGAGAAGAACUGCACAAAGGACAUUGGUUACUACAGUUUCUAUCCUCACAGUUAAAACAAAGGAAAAAGUGAAUCUAUCUAUCUAUCUAUCUAUCUAUCUAUCUAUCUAUCUAUCUAUCUAUCUAUCUAUCUAUCUAUCUAUCUAUCUAUCUAUCUAUCUAUCUAUCUAUCUAUCUAUCUAUCUAUCUAUCUAUCUAUCUAUCUAUCCAUCCAGAUUUAUCAAUAAAAAAUAAAAACAAAAAAAAUCAUGAAAAGGACUCUCACCUCCACAUCUAAUGGCCAAAGUGUAAAUUCAGUUCUGCCAUAAGUUGGGCGCCUUGUCUCCACACUGUUGAGUCAGAAUCACUGUAAAUAUGAACAUAGUGUACAUAAAACUGGACAUUUGGUGAUAGUGAUUGUAUCUACACAAAAUAGGCUAGGUUAAAUCUGAUCCAUAAGUAGUGUUUAAAAAAAAAAGAAAAGAAAAACCUCGAACAUUUUGGAGAAUGUGUACAUGAAAUGUUCUUGUGUAGCAUAUACUGGCAUAAUAAUCCCUGUCAGUGGAAAAAAAAAAGAAUCAUAUGUAUUUUGUACUUUAUCAAAGCUGUAGGCUGCCAAAAGUCUAACUAACUCACUGAUACAUUCAUGAUACAUGUGCUUAAAGAAGUUCUAAAUGUUGCUAAUGUAGGCUUAGGGUCUCUUAUUUAUUUCUAUUUAUUGAUUUCAGCCGCUUAUUUUUCAUAGCUUGUAUGCUAUGCUGUUGUGGAAAAUCUCUGUAUCUGCUGUAAUGUGAUUGAAACAUAAUAAAUGAUGCUAUCAUCAGGA